AUGUCAGUGCAUUUCGAGGAGAAGAGCGGCGUCGUCCCCUGCAAGACACCGUGGGGCUCCUGGUACCAGACUAUGGAGGAGGUCUUCAUCGAGGUCAAUGUGCCUCACGGGACGUCAGCCAAAGAGGUCAAGUGCCGUUUGGGCUCCAGAGACAUAGAGCUGCAUGUCAGAGGGGAGGAAAUAUUCAAGGGAAAGUUGUUUGACACAACCAUGUCUGAUGAGGCUACAUGGACUCUAGAGGACAAGUGUCUCAUUCGUAUCAUUCUGAUGAAGACUAACAGAGAGGCAGGGAACUGCUGGUCCUCCCUGCUGGAGGGGGAGUACUGUGCGAAUGCCUGGGUCCAGGACCAGAUGCAGAGAAAGCUCACACUGGAGAGGUUCCAGCGCGAGAAUCCUGGAUUUGACUUCAGCGGGGCAGAGAUCUCUGGAAAUUUUGCUGGUGGUGGGCCAGACUUUUCCAGUUUACAGAAGUGACUGCUUGCCACGAUGCCAAAAACCUGCUAUGAGCUGGAGAUGCCCGUUCAUUGAACAUUACUAAGGACAUCCAUGACGAGCAGAGGGACACUGUCUUUUUUUAGAGGCCUUCAGAAGAACUCAAAUACUGAAUGACUUGAUUGUUUGACAGAGAUGCUUUUCGUAGCAGCCCUUUGGUCUGGCUUGUUUUGGUUGUGAAGGACUGCUAUUGUUUCAGCCCGAUUUGGCCAAGUUGCUGAAAAAAACAGCCAAUGCAAACUUAUCUGUCUGGUUGUAAGAGGACUUUGAUAUGUUGUUGUUUUUUAAUAAGAAGAAGAGUGUGCACAGAAAUAGCUUUUCAAUAAAAUUUUAUUGAAAGGUACAAGUGUGUAGGUUAACCAGAUGGCGCGUUCAAUCAGACAUUUUGAAUUUUUCGUCGCUAACAGAUAUUUAAACUAGACAGGGAAACUGGCAAAGAAAAUGCAAUACAUAUUUCAAUCCACAUUUCCACUGCAAUGACAAAUUGUUUUUUUUAA